UUAUAAAAAUAUGGGAGUGCAAAUAAUAAUAUCGGGAGAAUCUCAAUGCGAGUCCUUUGCGAAAAUAUGCGCAAUUGCUGACUAUCUUUCUCAAAAUCUACCAAAUUUUUGUUACAGAAUAAUAGAAAAGUCAGUCAUAGAGUGGAAGACUUGGCUUUGUAAAAUAAACCUCAGAAAUAAAUGGCAUCACAACGAAUCUCCUUUGAUUUGGAAAGAGUUAUUAAUCGAAGGAAGCAAACCAUAUUACAUAGGAGGUGCUUCAGAGUUUUUAGAUUAUUGUUAUUCAUAUUAUCAAUUUGAAACUUAUAUCUCCUGCGAUAGAUUUGAAGGUCUUAUAGAAAAUUUUAAUCAAUAUAAGAAGAAAAUAAAAAAAGGAGUUAAUAUUGAUGAUUACGAAUCUAAGAGCGCUGCAGAAGACUCUGCAAAAAAUAUUACUGUUUGUAUUUCGGGAGCAAGUCAUCCACUAACUAUGUACAUAAUAUCUGGUCUAUUAGAUAUGCCUCUUGGGCACAAGAGUAUUGCAAAAAUUUUUAUCUAUGACAAAGAAUAUUCCCAAACUUUUUUGGAAUAUGUGGAAACUGAAUGCAGCUAUGUGGGUAAUAAUUAUCCUGGUAAAGUCGUGAAAUACACAAACAAAAUGGGUAUGGCACUUGCAAGUUGUGAUUUAUUAAUUAUAAUGGAUUACGUGCCAUUUAGCCUUGAUGUAUCUAUUGGCGAUUGGCUCGCCCUAAAUGCCCGCUGUCUUAAAACAUUAGCACCGAUGAUAAAUGCUUCUGCUUCUCGAAAUAUGUAUAUAGUGUUACCUAACCUAGGACCAGCUUGUUACAAUGCCACUUUGUUGACAAAAAUACUAACAAGUAUUAAUAAAAAAAAUAUUGUCGUUGUAACUUCGGAUUUGGGCUUAGAAUUAGCACCCAUAGCAGCAGAAGUAGCCGAAGUAGAAAUGAAAAAUAUGUUUUGUCCGCCCGUUUGGGGAUUCGUAGGAAUAAACCAUCUUGUAGAUAUUAGAAAUACUAUUCAUAAGUAUAAUGCUUUUCAACCAUACAACAGAUAUGUUAAAGUAAGGCAAUCUUCGUUGUGUGUUGGAGUUCUAACUCCGGAAUUUAGAACAUUAGAAUAUUUAUUACAUUUUAAUGAAAAUUUGUGGACGAAGUUGUUGGAAGCCAAAAAAAAAGCUAAUAAUGAGGAGUUAUCGAUUAAUAAAGCUAUAGCAUUGCUAAAAUUUGUUCAAGUAUGGCUCUCUGGUCCAAAUUCGGAUGAUAUUCUAUGUUUGGGGGUAGUAUGCAAUGGUAUGUUCACAUGUUAA